AUGACAAUAACACAUCGACAAAAGCCUUCUGGAAGCACACUGAGUGCCGUUACAAAUGCAGAUGGAGGAGGAUCCAGUAUUGACGACAAAGAACCGCCUAAAUAUCACUGCGAUGCUUGUUCAAACGACGUGACCAACACUGUUCGUAUACGUUGUGCUGAUAAAGAUUGUCCAGACUUUGACCUCUGUGUGUCCUGCUUUUGCGGUGGUGCAGAGCCCGUAAAGCACAAGACAUGGCAUGACUAUCGCAUCGUCAAACCACACAAUUUCCCGAUAUUCAGUGAAGACUGGGACGCAGAUGAAGAACUCUUGUUGAUUGAAGCUGCGGAAAAGAUGGGUAUAGGUAAUUGGCAAGCGAUAGCCGACUAUGUGGGUACCAAAGGCAAGGGUGAAUGCGAGCAACACUAUCUGGAUGUGUAUGUGUCUAGUCCCAAUUGGCCUCUUCCAAGGAUGAACCUCAAGUUUGAAACAAGCGAAGUGGAGUGUCGUGAACGCAAACGUCAAAGGCUGCAGCAAUCCCGUGGUAUGACACCUCGCAAGCCAAUGUCCUCUCAACCCAACAAUGCAAAGCCCAUCACCAGCGGUCCAUCUUUCCAUGAAAUUCAAGGUUACAUGCCGCGUCGUUUUGAAUUCGAGACAGAAUACGAAAAUGAUGCGGAACAGUUUGUCAAGGACAUGGUCUUUAAUGACGACGACACAGAGGAGGAAAUAGACCUCAAGGUGAUGGUGCUGGAUAUCUACAAUUCCCGACUGGAUCGUCGAAUGGAGCGCAAAAACCUCAUAUUCGAGAGAAGAUGGUUGGACUUUAAGCGUAUGCAAGCUAUUGAACGAAAGAGACAAAAGGAAGAGCGCGACAUAUACAACAAAACUCGGGUGUUUUGCAGGCUGCAAACCGAAGCAGACUACGACAUGUUUGUGAAGGGAUUGGUGAAAGAGCAGCAAUUAAGGGAUAGAAUUGCGACAUUGCAAGAGUGGAGACAGGCGGGCCUCACCACCAUUAGACAGGGAGAGCAGUACGAGCGUGAAAAGCAGAACCGAUUAGCCCAACUAAAGACAUUUGUAUCAUUAUCGAGCGAAAGAACUGGACCCAGUGGAUCAAUACAGAGAAACACAUACCGUCAGCAAAUGGCAUCUCUUGCAACAUCCAACGGCGCUAAUUACUAUAGAGAUAGACCCACACAUUCUGCGUCGACACCAACACCAACUAUUACAUCUGCUGCUCCUUCGGGAGGUCGAAAGCCGGCUAAUCCAUUAAAUAUCAGGGAUGCUGAUGGUGUGCAUUUGCUAACAGAAGAGGAGCAAGUGCUGUGUUCAACUCUGCGUAUCAUGCCCAGACCCUACUUGGUCAUCAAAGACACUAUAUUGAAAGAAUAUGCCAAACUUGGAUAUAUGAAACGAAGACAGUGCCGCUCAUUGAUUAAGAUUGAUGUGAACAAGACCAGUAGAAUCUACGAUUUCUUUGUGGAAAGUGGGUGGAUCAAGGCCUUCAAAGAUCCUGCUACAGCAUCAGCAGCUGCGAUUGCAACAGCACCUACAGCAACACCACCACCACCACCACCACCAGCACUACCAAAUUCUGUGUCAAUACAGUCGCCAACAGCAGCACCCACAGCAUCCUCAUCACCUAUCCCUCCUCCCGCUACUGCCACGGAGCCCUCUGCGGACACAGCCAUAUCUGAAGCUCCACCAACCACAGACUCCAUCCCUACACCACUAAUGACAACAGAAGCGAACUGA